GUCAGUCACGCGCUUCAAACGGGAGAGCCACCGGAGAACGAGUCAAUGCGCGCAACGAGAACGAUUCGUUCAUUUAAAAGAUUUGUUCAAAAACACCGAUUCGUUAGGGGCUCUAACUGCGAUCCACCGCGAGACAUUUAGCUACAUGUUUUGGAUACAGUCUUGGAUACCGUUUUUGCGUGAAAAAAACUUAAACCGGCGUUCAACAGCAGACCGCAGAACACCAGCGGUGGAAACUUUUUAGUCACGGAAACAUUGUUCAUCUGGCUUUGUGGUUUUGGAUCCUCUGCUCUGUCCCCGACCGAUGUAGUUUCGGUGGAUCUCGGUCCGGUUUAAGCUCGAUGUUACAAGACCCCGCCGUUUAAAUAUGUUUUAAAGUAUCUGUUUUCAUACGCUGGCAUCGUCUCGUGCGAACCCGCCAACGCCUUUUCUCUGCUCGGCUUCGUUAUCCGUCAAGGUGAAGGAACAUUACCGCAACGUCCAGUUUUAAAGGUUCCCUUUAAUCGUUUAUAAACGUUUUGCAAAAUGGGUUGCACGUUAAGUGCUGAAGAUAAAGCAGCGAUGGAGAGGAGUAAGAUGAUUGACCGGGACCUGCGGGAGGACGGAGAGAAAGCAUCCAGAGAAGUCAAACUACUGCUGCUCGGUGCUGGGGAAUCGGGGAAGAGCACAAUAGUGAAACAAAUGAAGAUCAUUCAUGAAGAUGGCUACUCGGAUGAGGAGUGCAAGCAGUAUAAAGUCGUAGUUUAUAGCAACACUAUUCAAUCCAUCAUUGCCAUUAUUAGGGCCAUGGGCCGCUUAAAGAUCGACUUUGGGGAUCCUGCAAGAGCGGACGAUGCUCGGCAGCUCUUUGUCCUCGCCGGCACUGCAGAGGAAGGAGUCAUGACCCCUGAGCUCUCUGGGGUCAUCCGCCGGCUGUGGAAGGACGAAGGAGUACAGACGUGUUUCGUUAGAUCGCGAGAGUAUCAGCUCAAUGAUUCAGCAGCCUACUAUCUAAACGACCUGGAUAGGAUAUCCCACCUCACCUACAUGCCCACUCAACAAGAUGUGCUGAGGACUCGAGUCAAGACCACUGGCAUUGUAGAAACACACUUCACCUUCAAAGAGCUCUACUUCAAGAUGUUUGAUGUUGGUGGCCAGCGUUCAGAACGGAAGAAAUGGAUCCACUGUUUUGAAGGUGUCACUGCUAUUAUCUUCUGCGUGGCGCUCAGCGACUAUGACCUGGUGCUAGCUGAGGAUGAAGAGAUGAACCGUAUGCAUGAGAGCAUGAAGCUUUUUGACAGCAUCUGCAACAACAAAUGGUUCACAGACACAUCCAUCAUUCUCUUCCUCAAUAAGAAGGAUCUGUUCGAGGAGAAGAUCAAAAGGAGUCCACUUACGAUAUGCUACCCAGAAUACUCUGGAACAGACACUUACGAGGAGGCAGCAGCAUACAUCCAGUGCCAGUUUGAGGAUCUGAACAGAAGAAAGGACACAAAGGAGAUCUACACACACUUCACUUGUGCCACGGACACCAAGAACGUACAGUUUGUGUUUGAUGCGGUCACUGAUGUGAUCAUCAAGAAUAACCUCAUAGAGUGUGGCCUCUAUUGAAGCAACAUCUGUCUGAUAAGUUAUUUAUGGAAGAUUUCCGAAGUUCACUGACUGGUUUCUUCUGUUGGCGAACGAACAAGAGAGACUUCCUCCCCGCUGCAUGCACUCUUUACACUAAAUGCAGUACCUAAGCCCAUGGACAUUUUCCUCCCAUAUCCUUCUUAAUAACAGUCUGUUAUGGACAUUAUUUCUUUUUUGUUACUUUAUUGCCAUUACAGCUUCAUUCUGUUCACUAUGCAUUAAUCAUAAUCCACAACUGACAGUAAUAUGUGUCUAUAUACUAACCUCAGUUGCAUCCAAUAUCUUUGUUUAGUUUUUUUUUUUAACACAACAGACAGCGAGAUUUUGAUCUGAGUGCUUUUAAUAACAAUAUCAGUUCUUAUUUGAAAGUUAGCUAAUUUAAAAAAUUUUUAAAGUUAGCUAUUGUAUUAAUUUUUAGGACUGUAUUUAAGUUUGCAUAUAUUUGCAUACUUCCCCGAAUUAAGCAGCUAGUGUGGGAACUAUUGUUGUAUAUUGUGUUAUACCUUUAGUAAUUCACAGCCCAAAUCACACAGCAAUAGGACGCCAUUUAUUUUUUCAUUAAUUAGGCAUGGAUCGUUUUAUAUAACGCUUCAUACAACCCACUAUUUUUGUAUCUCUUGAAGACCAGUAAAGAUGUGAACAAAUGUUUUUCUCACAGAUACAUUUCUGAAUGGUUCAGAAAUAACGACUCUGUUGGGUCAAGAACACGAUGGCCAGAUUUUCAUUCUUGAUGGGGUACAAAUUUUACAAGACUUGUUUGAUGUGCUUUUGUUUAAUCCUGUGGAUUUCAGUAUUUUUAAACAAAUUGACACAAUGUGAUCUGGUUUUUAAUACAUGUAUUUAAUAUUGAAAUGUGCUGACAUCAAGUCAGAUGUUGCUUCCAGAACAUGCCAAACAGCCAGAGUUACCAGCACGAGCAAGACAGACACGAUCUGUAUAUUACUAAAAAAAGUAUAGUAUUCCAAUUAGAGUACAUUCAUGUACUCAGUCUGUAUUCAUGCAACAAUCUGUGAAUUCUUUUCUAUAUCACUGUGCAUUAUUUUAUUAAACUAUUUUAGCUAUAGUGCAGUUGAACAUCUAGCUUUAAUGAUAGCACUGAAUCACUAAUAUGCUAACAACCUGAUUUGUUUAGCUUUCUGAAAACCCUUUUGUUGAUUAUAACUUAAAACCUGUUGUUUUAUGGGCUUUUCUGAUCACAUGUAACUCUGCAAAACACAAUGUCAACAAUUUCCACAGAUUUGAGAAUAUGCAUAUAUAAUCAAAUUGCAAAAGAGUAUAUACAUAAUCACGAUCAGAAAUAAUUUACAUUUUAGUCUUUGAUGUUCAAACGGUAAAUGCAAAUUUUAACAAAGAAUCAUACCUAAAUAUAUUUUGUCUUGUUUUAAUGAGA